AUGGCACCAGUAGUAGAGACCAUGGCACCAGUAGUAGAGACCAUGGCACCAGUAGAGGAGACCAAGGCACCAGUAGAGGAGACCAUGGCACCAGUAGAGGAGACCAUGGCACCAGUAGAGGAGACCAUGGCACCAGUGGAGGAGACCAUGGCACCAGUAGAGACCAUGGCACCAGUAGAGGAGACCAUGGCACCAGUAGAGGAGACCAAGGCACCAGUAGAGACCAUGGCACCAGUAGAGGAGACCAUGGCACCAGUAGAGGAGACCAAGGCACCAGUAGAGACCAUGGCACCAGUAGAGGAGACCAUGUCACCAGUAGAGGAGACCAUGGCACCAGUAGAGGAGACCAAGGCACCAGUAGAGGAGACCAAGGCACCAGUAGAGGAGACCAAGGCACCAGUAGAGGAGACCAUGGCACCAGUAGAGGAGACCAUGGCACCAGUAGAGGAGACCAAGGCACCAGUAGAGGAGACCAAGGCAUCAGUAGAGCAGACCAAGGCACCAGUAGAGACCAUGGCACCAGUAGAGGAGACCAUGGCACCAGUAGAGGAGACCAAGGCACCAGUAGAGACCAUGACACCAGUAGAGGAGACCAUGGCACCAGUAGAGGAGACCAUGGCACCAGUAGAGGAGACCAAGGCACCAGUAGAGGAGACCAAGGCACCAGUAGAGGAGACCAAGGCACCAGUAGAGGAGACCAAGGCACCAGUAGAGACCAUGGCACCAGUAGAGGAGACCAUGGCACAAGUAGAGGAGACCAUGGCACAAGUAGAGGAGACCAUGGCAACCAGUAGAGGAGUGGCAACAGUAGAGGAGACCAUGGCACCAGUAGAGACCAUGGCACCAGUAGAGGAGACCAUGGCACCAGUAGAGGAGACCAUGGCACCAGUAGAGGAGACCAUGGCACCAGUAGAGGAGACCAUGGCACCAGUAGAGGAGACCAUGGCACCAGUAGAGGAGACGAAGGCACCAGUAGAGGAGACCAAGGCACCAGUAGAGGAGACCAUGGCACCAGUAGAGGAGACCAUGGCACCAGUAGAGGAGACCAAGGCACCAGUAGAGGAGACCAAGGCACCAGUAGAGGAGACCAUGGCACCAGUAGAGGAGACCAUGGCACCAGUAGAGGAGACCAUGGCACAAGUAGAGGAGACCAUGGCACCAGUAGAGGAGACCAAGGCACCAGUAGAGGAGACCAUGGCACCAGUAGAGGAGACCAUGGCACCAGUAGAGGAGACCAUGGCACCAGUAGAGGAGACCAUGGCACCAGUAGAGGAGACCAUGGCACCAGUAGAGGAGACCAAGGCACCAGUAGAGGAGACCAAGGCACCAGUAGAGGAGACCAAGGCACCAGUAGAGACCAUGGCACCAGUAGAGGAGACCAAGGCACAAGUAGAGGAGACCAAGGCACCAGUAGAGGAGACCAUGGCACCAGUAGAGGAGACCAUGGCACCAGUAGAGGAGAACAUGGCACCAGUAGAGGAGACCAUGGCACCAGUAGAGGAGACCAUGGCACCAGUAGAGGAGACCAAGGCACCAAUAGAGGAGACCAUGACACCAGUAGAGGAGACCAAGGCACCAGUAGAGGAGACCAAGGCACCAGUAGAGGAGACCAAGGCACCAGUAGAGACCAUGGCACCAGUAGAGGAGACCAUGGCACCAUUAGAGGAGACCAAGGCACCAGUAGAUGAGACCAUGGCACCAGUAGAGGAGACCAAGGCACCAGUAGAGGAGACCAUGGCACCAAUAGAGGAGAGUAAACCAGUAGAGGAGAUAAACACAGACCCAGAAGUGCAUAUAAUAUUAGUACUGGGAAAAUACACCAUCAAGGGGGUCCUGUAG